AUGGACAAUUGUAAAGCCAUGAACACUCCAAUGGGCUCCGGUACAUAUGUUGAUCAAGAUGAAUCCGAUUUGAAAUCGGCACUGGGAAAGAGAAGAAGAGAUGGUAAAAGUGCACUUCCUCAACCUUUGACUUCGAUUCAGCGUCUUUAUAUUAGUCGGCUAGUUGAGAAAUAUGGAGCUGAUUUUCAGUUCACCGUCGGAGUUCUACCAUUAUAUUUGGUUACAUUCACAGGUAUAUUGUUUGUUUUAGCGGAAGUUGUCAAACAACAUCUAUGUCGAUCGUUUCCAGAUCGACAUCUUCUUCUGCAGAAAGUGAACAAAUAA